AUGAGGACUAGCGCGAUGCAGCCCCAGGGCAAAUAUAGGAUCCAGAAUGUCAUGUACUCCGAGCUGUUCCUCCACAUGACAGAUGACUGCCGGGUCGUGGGAUCUGAGACUGCGGGUGGUGACAUCUUCGAGGUUAUUAUGGUGAACCCGAUGGAAUGUCUUGUGUUGAUUAGGCACGUGUCGAGAGGAUUUUUUAUUGUGGUCAAUGAGAACGGUGAGCUCGUAGGCCGAACUGAUACCCAGGAGUUUGCAGUGUGGGGGGAGACAGAUAUCCCCGACGAUUCGUACAUCGUCUUUGUGAAGGGUAUGAAACAGGAAUGGGUCCCCGAUAGGCAAAGGUAUCCGAUCCAGAUCAUUGUUGCGCCAAGUAUUGACCCGACCACUCCGGACUUCAUCAGUCGCUGCUGGAGGUUCGUGAAGGCGGAAUAA